AGCUGCUUACCCCGUGUCAGGCGCAGUAAGGAAAUGAAUCGAAGGUUGAUACUAAAGUUGGAAAAUCUGGUCCAGUUACAUGGUGCUUGCCGACAGCUGCAUACUCUUUCCUACAAAAAACUUCACAGAGCACAAUGGAAGCCUGUGCAGUCAUCUGCACAUCCUGUGUGGUCUGUUCUCCUGUAUCCACAGUUCUGGCAAAAUGGCAACCUAACCGGUGUUGCCUUACCACAAUGCAGACAUGUAGCUACAAAGGAGGAGACAAAAAGGAAGAAAAAGAAGAUGCCACUGACAAAAGGUGAAGUGGAGAUAAGGCAGAAGAUGACUAUUGAGGAGCUUGCACAAGCUAUGGGUAAAGAUGUAGAUCAUAUUUAUGAAGCACUGCUGUACACAGAUGUUGACCUUGAUUCACUAGAACCAAAUUCCAUCUUAUAUGAAGACCAUAUCAAGCUAAUUGUUAAAAAAUCAGGAAUGAAGUAUAAAUCAGCAAAACUGAAAGAGGAAAAAGAAAGAGAAAACACAGAUGCUGUGAGAAGACCCCCCUCAGACCCAGCGGUACUAAUCCCAAGACCCCCGGUUGUUACUAUCUUGGGCCACGUUGAUCAUGGAAAAACAACCUUACUUGACAGUCUACGAAAAACUCAGGUGGCAUCGAUGGAGGCAGGAGGCAUUACACAGCACAUUGGUGCUUUUCUUGUGUGUUUGCCUUCUGGGGAAAAGAUAACUUUUCUUGAUACACCUGGACAUGCAGCUUUUUCAGCCAUGCGAGCAAGGGGUACUAACGUUACUGACAUUGUCAUACUGGUUGUAGCGGCAGAAGAUGGAGUAAUGCAGCAAACUGUAGAAUCCAUUCAGCAUGCUAAAAAUGCAGGAGUUCCUCUUAUACUUGCCAUUAAUAAAUGUGACAAACCUGAGGCCGAUCCUGAAAGAGUAAAGAAGGAAUUGCUGGCUCAUGAUGUGGUGUGUGAAGAGUUUGGAGGUGAUGUUCAAGCUGUAAACAUUUCUGCACUCAAGGGUGAAAACCUGAUGGUUUUGGCAGAAGCAACUGUUGCUUUAGCAGAGAUGUUAGAAUUGAAGGCAGAUCCCACAGGUCUGGUAGAAGGGACUGUGAUUGAGUCUCGCAAAGACAAAGGGAAAGGUCCAGUUACCACAUCAAUCAUCCAACGAGGGACUCUCAGAAAAGGCUGUGUCCUGGUUGCAGGAAAGACCUGGGCAAAAGUGCGUCUCAUGUUUGAUGAGAAUGGCAAAGCUGUAGAAGCAGCCUCUCCAGGCAUCCCAGUGGAAAUCAUGGGCUGGAAGGAAGUCCCUUCAGCAGGAGAUGAAAUCCUUGAAGUAGAAUCUGAGCAAAGGGCACAUGAAGUUGUGUCUUGGAGAACCUAUGCUGCACAGCAGGAGAGGAUGAAAAGGGAUGUGGAAGUUAUUGAAGCAAAGCAAAAGGAGCACAGGAUGGAAUAUGAGAAGAAGCAACAGAAGCUAGCCCACCUAACUUGGAGACAGAGGAAGGCGGUGCUGUAUAAGGCCAACAAGCAUCUCAUGUUUUUAAAACCUAAAGAGAGAACAGAGAUGGACAAAAAUGUGCUGUCAAUAAUUGUUAAAGGUGAUGUGGAUGGAUCUGUUGAAGCUAUUCUGAACAUUCUGGAUAGCUAUGAUGCCAAUGAUGAAUGUAAAUUGGAUGUGAUUCAUUUUGGAAUGGGAGACAUCAGUGAGAAUGAUAUAAGCCUUGCUGAAGCAUUUAAUGGUGUUGUAUUUGGAUUCAGUGUGAAAGCCAAUGAAAGUAUUAGAAAGCUGGCUGCUAAAAAGGGAAUAAAAAUUAAACUUCACACUAUCAUCUACAAACUUAUUGAAGACUUAAAAGAUGAGCUAAAUAGCAGACUACCCCCAUCUGUGGUGGAGAAUACAAUAGGGGAAGCUUCUGUUCUUGACACUUUCUCUGUAACAGUAGGAAAGAACAAAAUUCCAGUAGCUGGAUGCAGAGUACAGAAGGGGCUGCUAGACAAAAAAAUGAAAUUUAAGUUAAUCCGUAACGGGGAUGUUAUUUGGAAAGGAUCUUUAUCAUCACUGAAGCAUCAUAAAGAUGAUGUCCCUGUAAUAAAAACUGGUAUGGACUGUGGAUUGAGUUUGGACAAGCAUAUAGAAUUCAAUAUUGGAGAUAAAAUUAUCUGUUACGAAGAGAAAGAAGUUGAAGCGACAAGCUCCUGGGAUCCAGGAUUUUAAAAUACAUUAACACUAAAGGACAUGUACUUUUCCUGGCUGGACUUGGAACUCUUUAAAUGAGCUUUCAGAGAUGCACAUGUGUCUGAUUGUAACAAUGUU